AUGUGAAUUUGGAGUUUGGGUAGUAAAAGGUCUUGGAUCCUUGGUUUGGGUCCUGAAAUUCUAAAAAGGGGUGUUGGAGUUGGACAUGGUGAGCGGUGAGAGUUUUCCCGCCAAAAAAGCCCGCCAAAAAGAGCAAAACCCCUCUUAUAUCCAUUCAUCUCAUUGAAAUCAAUCAGUUCCGCCACCAUUUCAUUGAAUCAGGAGAGAGAGAAAAAGGAGAGAGAAUGUCAGGGUGGGAUGAAGGAGCAGUUUAUUACAGCGAUCAGGCGCAGUUCCCCUCUGGUCGUGUCGGCGACAACAGCUCCGACAGUCGGCACUCUGUUCUCCUUAAAUUCAAGGAGUUCAUCAGAAGCUUCGAGACCAACUCUAGUGUCUUCCCUUACCGUCAGAGCCUCGUCCACAAUCCUACUUCACUCGUCGUUAACCUUGAGCACCUCGACGCCUUUGAUCCCGAUCUACCCUCUCUCCUCCGUUCUGCUCCCGCCGACUACCUGCCACUGUUUGAGACGGCCGCGUCGGAGGUGCUGGCCAGUUUGAAGUCCAAAGUAGCCGGGGAGACCGGAGAAAUGGAGGAGCCUUUCACCGAGGAUGUUCAGAUUCUCCUUACAUCCAAUGAGGAUUCCAUCUCUAUACGCUCUCUUGGUGCUCAAUACAUAUCCAAAAUGGUUAAGAUAUCAGGGAUUACCAUAGCAGCUUCUAGAACUAAAGCUAAGGCUACGUAUGUCACUUUGCUUUGUAAGAACUGUAAAAAUGUCAAGCUCGUUCCUUGCCGUCCUGGUCUUGGCGGCGCAAUCAUUCCCAGAUCUUGUGACCAUAUUCCUCAGCCUGGUGAAGAACCUUGCCCUCUUGAUCCUUGGCUUGUGGUUCCUGAUAGAAGCAGAUAUGUUGAUCAGCAGACCCUUAAACUCCAAGAGAAUCCUGAGGACGUUCCAACUGGAGAGCUGCCUAGAAACAUGCUUCUUUCCAUCGAUCGACAUCUUGUUCAAACUAUUGUUCCUGGCUCCAGACUCACUGUCAUUGGAAUUUACAGCAUCUUUCAAGCUGCCAAUGCAUCUACCGCUCAUAAGGGAGCAGUUGCUAUUAGACAGCCUUACAUAAGAGUUGUAGGGAUAGAAGAAGCCAAUGAGGCCAGCAACACUCGAGGUCAAGCUGCUUUCACGGCUGAUGAGAUUGAAGAAUUCAAAAGAUUUGCUGCUCAGCCUGAUACAUAUGAAACUAUAUGCUCCAAGAUUGCUCCCUCUAUCUUUGGCCAUGUUGAUGUCAAGAAGGCCGUUGCUAGCCUUUUGUUUGGUGGAUCACGCAAGUCUUUGCCGGAUGGUGUGAGGCUUAGGGGUGACAUUAAUGUGCUGCUAUUGGGGGAUCCUUCUACCGCCAAAUCACAGUUUCUCAAGUUUGUCGAGAAGACAGCACCCGUAGCUGUUUAUACGUCUGGUAAAGGAUCUUCGGCUGCUGGACUUACAGCUUCUGUGAUUCGAGACAGUGGUUCACGUGAGUUCUAUCUGGAAGGUGGUGCCAUGGUACUGGCUGAUGGAGGUGUUGUCUGCAUUGAUGAGUUUGACAAGAUGCGAGCAGAGGACAGGGUUGCUAUUCAUGAAGCUAUGGAGCAGCAGACAAUCUCCAUUGCUAAAGCAGGUAUAACAACUGUUCUUAAUUCGAGAACCUCUGUGCUUGCAGCUGCCAAUCCUCCAUCAGGGCGUUAUGAUGAUCUUAAGACUGCGCAGGAUAACAUUGAUCUGCAGACAACUAUUCUUUCUCGGUUUGACCUGAUCUUCAUUGUCAAAGAUAUCAGGAUGUAUAGCCAAGAUAAGAUAAUUGCUAAACAUAUCACAAAUCUACAUGCAACUGCUGGUUCGACUAGGGAGGAAUCUAAAGUUUCAAAAGAGGAGAAUUGGUUAAAGAGAUACAUACACUAUUGUAGAUCUAAUUGCCACCCUCGUCUGUCAGAAUCAGCUGCAAAGAAGUUACAAACUGAAUAUGUUAGCAUCCGACAGGAUAUGAGGCAAAAAGCAAAUGAAAGUGGUGAGGCAUCUGCAAUACCGAUUACUGUGAGGCAACUUGAGGCUAUAGUUAGAUUAAGCGAGGCCCUUGCAAAGAUGAGAUUGUCUGAUGUUGCCACGGAUGAGCAUGUAAAGGAGGCGAUACGGCUGUUCAAUGUUGCCACCAUGGACGCAGCUAGUUCUGGAAUUAAUCAGCAAGUAAAUCUUACUGCUGAAAUGGCAAAUGAGAUCAAGCAAGCAGAAGUACAGAUAAAGAGAAGAAUUGGCAUUGGAAGCCACAUCUCAGAAAGACGUUUAAUUGAUGACUUGAGCAGGAUGGGGUUGAAUGAAUCCAUUGUGAGAAGAGCUCUACUGAUAAUGCACCAAAGGGAUGAAGUUGAGUACAAGAGAGAAAGACGUGUGAUUGUUCGUAAAGCUUAAGGGUUCUAUGGCCUAUGGAAGCAUUCCUGAUCGCCAAUUUGUUAAGUCAGUGUCAUCUCCAAACUCAUUUGUGCCUUGCAAAUUGUAUAUUUCCAUCAGAUCAAUGAGAUUUUCUUUGGGACAAAAUACUUGGUGGUCUUGAACUCAGUUAUGGACUUAUGGGACCAGCAACCAAUUUGCAUGAUAUUAGCCAUUAUGUAACUUAAAAGUUAGGUUUUUGUUUGUGUUUAUCUAUGAUGGUUCAUGGUUGGCAGUUAACAGGUUACUUUUCCUGCCAUGUAGCAGUAGUCUCUGUUUCUUCUUAAGUUUCAAUUACAAAAUCAGUAUAGUUAGUAUACCUGUAACUAUACAGUCUCAACAAGCUGAGCAGCUCAACUAAAGCUUUAUAUAUCUCUUUAAGGCAACUUUAGGCACUGAAAUGACAUCUAGGUUUACCUUAGGGGCUCCAAAAGGCAACUAUUAUAGUCUUUGGAUAUACGACUAGGUAGUAGGUACUCCUAUAUAAUAUCUCUACUAGAUUAUAUAAUUUCAUCGAUCUAACAAAAGGUAACAUGUUAUCGAAAAUGCUAUUGAGAUUUGAUUAUAUACUCUGUAAUUAGUAAAAGCAAGAGGGCCAAUUUGUAUGAAGUUCAUUGGACUAGUAGGAGUAUAAUAAUGAAUGAAGGGUUUAUACUAUUUCUAUUGA